AUGCCUCCAAAGCGCAUCGAGCAAUGGGAGGUCGAACGCUACUGGGAGAUCUUUGCUUCGCUGUCCAAUGGCGGUACUCAUCUCAAUGGCGCCCAAGCAGCCUCAGUCUUGAAGAACAGCCAAUUGCGCGACGACCAGCUGGAACGAGUAUGGGACCUGGCAGAUGUCGACGGUGAUGGCAGCCUGGACUUCGAGGAGUUCUGCGUCGCCAUGCGCUUGAUCUUUGAUCUGGUCAACGGUGAAUACAUGGACGUCCCAGCCACACUGCCCGACUGGCUGGUCCCCGAGAGUAAAGCACAUUUGAUUCAAGCCUCGCACGCCAUCUCGGGUCGCCAAGCCCAGUUCGAACAAGUCGACGAUCUAGAAGACGACACGCCAGGACUCAAAGACGGCUUCGAUUGGUACAUGCCACCGUCUGACCGCACAAAGUACGAGGAGAUUUACAGCGCCAACCGCGAGCCGCGCGACGGCAGCAUCACUUUCGAGUCCCUCAACCCGCUCUACGAAUCGCUAGAUGUGCCCGACACGGACAUGCGCAGUGCCUGGAAUCUCGUCAACCCACGCAGCGACCCAGCUAUUGGCAAAGACCAAUGUCUUGUUUUCCUACACAUGCUUGCCAACCGCCACGAAGGCUACCGUAUCCCUCGAUCCGUCCCUCCAAGUCUCCGCGCCACCUUCGAGCAGGGCCGCAUCGAGUAUCAGGUCGACAAGGUACAAACCGCCGCCGAUCGUUGGGGCACAAAGCGUGAUGAUAGCACCAUGAGCGGCAAGAAGCAGAAGUUUGGUGACGCAUACCUCAGUCGCUUGGGAGUAGGCGACCGUGGUGCCUACAGACCAAAGGGUACUGAUUUCACUGCCACCCGCACCGACGCCGAGUGGGAAGAGGUACGCCUGAAGAAGCAACUCAAAGAGCUCGAGGAGAAGAUGGACAAGGUUGAAGAGCAAGCAAAGAAACGAAGAGAACGUGGCGGCAGGCGGGAUGACAGCAAGCCGGCCUUGGUGAAGCGUGAACUCGAGCAGUUGCUUGACUGGAAGCGUCGUGAGCUGCGCGAUCUUGAGACGGGUGAAGGAAGAGCAAAGGUCGGCCAGGGCCUGAAGGGUCUCAGCGACGAAAUCUCAAUGGUCAAAGAGCAAGUCGACGGCCUCGAAGCUCAUCUACGGAAGAGAGAGGAAGUGUUGAGCGAUCUGAGAAAGCAGAUUGAUGAUGAGAAGGCGGCGAGAUAG